AUUUUACGUCCUCUCAUUUUUUGUUUUCUAGGUUUCAGUGUCUUGCCACCUCCCUUAAAUUCCGUCUCUCAUCUUUCUUUCUCUCCGCCUCGGCGGUCGGUGAAUAUUACGGAAAAUCUUUAUUUUCCGAUAACAAUCCCGACCUGCUAUUGGUUUCAACUUUUUUUCCCUCGCAAAAUUUCCAACUCGUGUUAGCCACCUUUCUUCCCUCCAGAAUCUUGAUACCAAAUUCCUCACCAUCCAGUUUUCUGCAAAUUAAUUUUCUUGAUUAUUACUGAGGCUGUGUUCAUCAAAUUUUAGUUUCUUUUUUGACUCAAUUCGAAUUUGGAGUGAAAUAGAUUGUGAAUUGUGUGUGGAUUAUACGUGAAGAUGGCCAGUCAAGGCGGAUCUUCCAGGAAAAGUCUGACGUUGUCAAAUUCGGCUUCUAUGAUUGGGAGGAAGAAAUCAUUUGAGAAUGGUGGAGCCCCUGAUUCUGCACGAAAAUCUUUCAUCAUUUCUCGGCCCGGGGGACUAACUGGUGAGCGUACAGUAAAAAGAUUGCGCCUCUCAAAGGCCCUAACAGUACCUGAAACUACUAGUAUUUAUGAUGCUUGCCGUCGUAUGGCUGCUCGUAGAGUUGAUGCCUUAUUGCUAACAGACUCAAAUGCAUUACUUUGUGGAAUCCUUACAGACAAGGAUAUAGCAACAAGAGUUAUUGCUAGUGAGGUUAAUCUUGAGGAAACUCCUGUUUCCAAAGUAAUGACCAGGAACCCAGUGUUUGUUCUUUCUGAUACUCUUGCAGUGGAAGCUCUACAGAAGAUGGUUCAAGGAAAAUUCAGACAUUUGCCCGUUGUGGAAAACGGAGAGGUCAUUGCUUUACUUGAUAUAGCAAAGUGUUUAUAUGAUGCUAUUGCUCGUAUGGAAAGGGCUGCUGAGAAGGGAAAAGCUGUUGCUGCAGCUGUUGAAGGUGUAGAAAAAAACUGGGGGACAUCUUUUUCUGGACCUUAUACAUACAUUGAGACACUUCGAGAGCGGAUGUUCAGGCCAUCUAUAUCUACAAUAAUUCCGGAGAAUUCAAAGGUUGUAACAGUUUCACCAACAGAAACAGUUUUGGCAGUGACAAAGAAGAUGCUUGAAUUUCAGUCAAGCUCUGCAGUGGUGAUUGUUGAUCACAAACCUCGGGGAAUUUUGACCUCUAAGGAUAUCUUGAUGCGGGUAAUAGCACAAAAUCUCCCUCCAGAUUCCGUUGUUGUGGAGAAGGUCAUGACUCCUAACCCUGAAUGUGCAACCAUUGAUACUCCAAUUGUUGAUGCUCUGCAUACAAUGCAUGAUGGAAAAUUUUUGCACCUUCCAGUGGUAAAUAGGGAUGGGAAUAUAGUUGCUGUGGUUGAUGUGAUUCAUAUUACUCAUGCAGCAGUUGCCACAGUUGGAAGUACUGCUGGAGUAAAUAAUGAGGCAGCAAGCACAAUGAUGCAAAAGUUUUGGGAUUCUGCAAUGGCUUUAAGUCCCAAUGAGGAUGAUGAGGAUACACGGAGUGAAGGUUCUUUGAAAUUGCCUUCUGAAGGAGGAGAGACAGGAAGAUCUCUGCCCUAUCCUUCAUCAGGAAUGCCAAACACGUUUGGUUUCAAAAUUCAAGACAAGAAAGGGCGACUGCACAGAUUUACUUGUGAUGCUCGUAAUUUGACAGAUCUAAUAACUGCAAUACUUCAGAGGUUAGGGGAUGACAUUGACCGAAACAACUUGCCUCAAAUUUUGUAUGAAGAUGAAGACCGUGACAAAGUUGUUCUGGAGUCAGAUAGUGAUCUCACAGCAGCCGUUGAGCAUGCAAAGUUAGCUGGUUUCAAGGGUCUGAGAUUGCAUUUAGACUAUUCUGGAAUACGUGGUGGUCGUGGGAGUUCGACUUCAGGAGAGAUGUAUUAUGCUCAUGCAGAUGCAUGGGCUGCUGCAUACAGUGCAGUUGCAGCGGGUGCGGCUCUGGUUGCUGGGUUAGGUGUACUAGCGUACUUGAGAAGAUCUGGUUACUAAUGCCUAAAUGAAAGGGGGGAAAAAAGAAUUAACAGUUCACACAAAUUAAUCUCCUGUACUAAAUGACCAAGAUGGAAUUGGCUGGGAGGGCAUUUCUUGUGCUUGAUGUGUGUUUUUUGUGGAACUACAUAUGCACAAGAAAAAAGAAAAAAAGAAAGAAGAAAAUUUCUUGGUGCUGGCCUGCUGGGUACUCCACGAUACUUCACAUAAUCACAUGUAUUGAUUGCUGAUCAGGUACAUGUGUAUUCUUUCUGGUACAAAAAAUCUCCCACUUUCUCAGCCUGUUUUUUUCUAAAGAGAAAAAUCAAUAGAAAAAUGGGUGGGAUUCUUUUUAACUAUUUAUCCUUGGCAA